AUGUGGCCGCGCGGCCUUCUCUUGCGCCUCCUCCUCCGCGUCACCGCCGGCGCUACUGCCCUCCACGCCUGCGCGCGCAUCCAUCCGCUCCUCAUCAAGUCCGGCCACGCCUCGGACGCCCGCCUCGCUACCGCGCUAACCGACGCCUACGCCAAGUCUGCCCUCGUCAAACACGCUCGCAGGGUGUUCGACGAAACCCCGCGCAGGGACAUCGUGCUCUGGAACGUCAUGCUCUCCUGCUACUCCUCCCAGGGCCUCCUCCACCACUCAUGGGCCCUCUUCACCUCCAUGCAGAGGACCUCCGGCCUCUCCGGCGACGGCUUCACCUUUAGUGCCUUGCUCAGUGCCCGCGCUCCUUCGUCUGCCUGCAGCCAACACCUGGGGCUCCUGGCACAUGGCCUUGUUCUCAGGCUAGGCCUCCACUUGGACCUUGUCGUCGCCACUGCGCUCCUCGACAUGUAUGCAAAAUCCGGCCGAGUCACGGACGCUCGCCAGGUGUUUGAUGCCAUGCUGCUCAGGAGCACCGUCUCUUGGAAUGCCAUCAUUGUCUGCUAUGGCCACCAUGCUGGAGGCAGUGAAGCACUGCAGAUUUUUGUGUCCAUGCUCAGGAAUGAUGAUGGGUGCUGCUGCCAGCCCGAUGAGCUCACGCUUGCCAGCUUGCUUAGUUCCUGUGCCAACAUGGCGGCUGCCUAUGAGGCUACCCAGAUUCACGCUUAUGCCCUUAAAAGGGGCUUACAAGGAUUUUUGCAAGUAGCAAAUGCUCUCGUCAUGGCCUAUGGUAAGAAUGGCUUUCUUCAACAAGCAACCCAGACAUUUGCUACCCUCCAUAACCCCGACAUAGUUUCAUGGUCAUCCAUGGUUUCUUCCUUUGCCUACCUUGGGCGUGCCAAGAGUGCAAUCCAUGUGUUUGAGAGAAUGAUCCAACAAGGCGUGCGGCUUGAUGGCAUUGCAUUUCUUGGAGUUCUUUCUGCGUGCAGCCAUGCUGGGCUCAUUGAAGAUGGCUUAAAGUAUUUUCUUAUGAUGAUGGACUACAAAAUUGAUCCAUGUCCGCAGCAUUUUGUCUGUUUAGUUGAUCUUCUGGGGAGAGCUGGCAUGGUUCAGGAUGCCUACGACGUUUUAAUUAACAUCUCCUGCCAAACAAACAUUGAUGUUAUUGGAGCUUUCCUUGGGGCCUGCAAGACGCGAGGCAACAUUGAGUUGGCAAAGUGGGCUGCCGAUAGGAGCUUGGAGUGA